AGCAUCGUAAGAAGUCCACUUCACCUUGGACACCGCGCAGCGUCCAGCUGGCUCGCGAGCCGCAGAGUUUGUAAUAAUUUUUCAAACCAGCCGCAUUUUAAGAAACUAAAAAAAUCGGCUUUUGUUCUCCACUUAGCGGCGUGUUGACCUGAAACUGAACCGAUAGCUCAGAGUGGGCGACGAGAAGGAGAAACGACACCGUCAGCUCCGAUGUGGGCGGAUUAAGACGGGAUCUGAAGAUGCAGAACAUUCAGGUGGAGCGAUAAGGAGGGGGCUCCAAGCACUCAUGUCUGCAGACGCCCGCGCCCCACGACUCCUCCGCGGAGAACGCGUCAGCAUGGCGAGGACCGCCAAGAUGGAGCUGCUGAGAGCCCUCGUCAGCGAGCGCCUGUCCGCAGCCGCCGAGGAGAUCUUCAGGAUAGUAGAAGGAACCAUUGUGGAAUAUGAAAAUGAAAUGUCCUGUUCCACGUGGGUGGUGGACAGCCACCGCCGGCUGCUGGAUGUCACCAAGUCACACGGCGAAGAUGUGACGCCGGAGCAGCAGCCGCCGCCCGCUGCCAGCGUGGAUGUCGGUGUGUGCUGGGAGGAGCCAACCGAAGACUCUCCGGACAUGAACGACUCUCGUCCAGACUCCUCCCCUGCCAGUGAAACAGACCUGGAGAUACGGAUCGAUUUGGAAGAUGACGAUGUGAAGCAGGAGUAUGACCCGGACACGCUGUUGAAAAUCCCAGAGGAGAAGAAACCAUCCGAAAGUCCCGUCUGCUUGAGCGGUUUCUCUUCCAAAAGGACGACGGUGCAACACAUCAAAAAGCAUCCGGAGGACAAUUCAUCCCUUUACCGGUGCCCGUACUGCGACCGCCGCUUCUGCCGCAAGUCUGAAUUCAUUCUUCACGCCAGAACACACAAAGGCGCCAAGCCACGCAAGUACCGAGACUGUGACGAGAGGGACCGUCUGCCUAUUCACAGACAAAAACACGCCGAGGAGAAACCGUAUCAGCGUCUUGGUGAAGCAGCGGAGGCAGAAACUCCCCUCAGAUCAGUGACACUUGCCAAUAGCAUGAAAAAAGAGGUGGACUGCAGACAGGAGGAAUCUGGCAAAGAGACAUUUCCACUUACUAGCACUCCCUUUGAUAAAAGUGAAUUUCAUCAAGAGUCUCUACAGCCACUGUGUCUGUACCAAAUCCACACUGUUGCCGAUAUCGACCACAUUAAAACUGAGCCAGCUGGAGCUGAUGGUGGAGUGUCGGACUGUACCAUGGGUGACCAGUUGCUGCUUUCAGUGAACCCAAGUGAACAGGUAAGGGAGACCGAGCCUGUUCGUCUUCACGUGACAAACAUCCUGCCGAGAAGACCUUCAGGAAACCCCUCCGUCGUUCAGAUUGAAGCAGGAACGGAGCAGAAACCCUUCAAGUGUCCUUGUUGUGCCAAAUGUUUCUCCUUGACCAAGACUCUAAUAAGACACGUACGGAUCCACACGAGGGACAACCCGUACCAGUGCAAGUUCUGUGGGAAGAACUUCUGUCAGAAGUCGGACCUGGUCAAUCACACAAGGAUCCACACGGGAGAGAGACCGUACCAGUGCCAAGAAUGUCGCAAGUCGUUCAUGCAGAAAGGCCACAUGGUGGUUCACAUGAGGAAACAUAAAGGACAGAAGCCAUAUCAGUGCCAGGAGUGCAGCUGUAGCUUUACCAAGAGGUCGUACUUAGACUGCCACAUGCAGAGCCACAGAGUUUGAGGAAUUCACAGCGUUGUCCUUCAGGCCGGGUAUCGAACCUCAAAACCGUUUUCAUUACAUUACAUGUCAUUUAGCAGACACUUUUAUCCAAAGCGACUUACAAUAAGUGCAUUCAACCGAGAGUACAAACUAAGAACAAUAAGAAUACAGGAAGUAACAUUUCCUCAACACAGUCAAAUUACAAAAGUACCAUAAGUAAGUGCUAUUUAAGUGCCACUGAAGUGCAAAUCUGUGUUUUAAUCCAGAUAUAGUCGGAAAAGGUGUGUUUUCAGUCUCCGGCGGAAGAUGUAGUGUUUUUCAGACGUGUUUGUAGCAAGUCAAUUCGAGUGCUGACAGCUGGAAUUGAAUAUAUUGGUCAGAAUCCUAAUCGUAUUAUUCUUUGAGCACAUGGUUUGGAUUGAAAUCAAAAGUUUCCCACUCAAAAAAAACUCGCCACGAGGUCCAUCGGUAAAGUCCUCUCAGUCGUGUCUACGUACCAUGGCAAACAUGUCGCUGUAGAGUGCUAUUCAUUCAAUUCCAGGGUGUCACCGUAAGACGAUGCUGAGCAAGGUCUCGUGUAACGACGACGCAGACUGCACUGGAGUCGUGUUUGUUUAGUUUCGGCCGUGGUUAGUACAGUAACGCAAAACACCGGCUAACCCGCAUUUUUUUUCUUCAGCAGGAACGGUUAACAUCGGCGUUCAUUCCCGCGAAUGACUCUGCAGUAUUCAGGGGUAUUUAUCGUCUCCAGCUCCGAUUGGCAGAGUUGGAUUUUCGCCCCCCUUUUUCCCCUGUGUGAUUCUUUAUGUCACUUCCCGUCGUGCACGGUGAAAUAAAUAAUUAAGGAACUAAAAAGGUGCAAGAUUAUGAUUCUGACCAAGAAAAAAUGUCCACCGCUGCUGUAUUGUGUGACUGUACUGUAUGAAUAAAUGCAUCCCGCAAUUGGCUAACCAGUGCAUGUAGUAGUUCCGUUAGCUGUUAGUUUUGGGGUUGGCUGUCGCUCAGUGGGGAGAGUGGUCGUCCCGUAACCACAAAGUACCCGGUUCCCCAUAGCUGCAUGUUGAAGUGUCCUAGAUCAAGAUACUAAACCCCAGUUGCUCCCUGGGCGCUUCACUGAAGCCCACUGCUCCUUAAUUACUAAGGAUGGGUCAAAUGUAGAGAAUUAAUCACAUAAUUUAAACUGAAUUAGCCCUAAUUUAUCCCUCACAUUUCUCUUGAAUGAAAAAUAUUUCAGGGCAGAACUAAAUAACCUCCUCCCAACAGGAAAUUGGCCAGCUUUGAAACCAAUGUCCGCCUUGUGUGUUUCCUGAUUGUUCAUGCCCUCCACGUGUGGUUUCCCCUCAUUUAUACACUCCCCUGCUUUCCCUGUCCCCUGCCAGAUUGUCUUUGUAAUUACCCCCGUGUUCGCAGUGAGUUCAAAUCUGAUUUAGCGAGUGUUCAUUUUUUCAGUCCCCAUUUUCCCCCCUUGUUUUGUAGACUCUGCACAGUAAAGAAAGUGUUGCUUUACCUCACUUUGACUCCUGUCUGUCCCUCUGCGCCUGAGUGUACCCUGGUCGUGACACCAUCCUUCUUGACAACCAGAGCAAUGGGGCUACACCAGGCACUAUUGAACUCUUAUAUCACCCCCAUCUCUAGCAUGGCAGCCAGUUCCCUCUGAACCUUUAGGUUCGCGACCGCCACGCCUCAAUCUGGUGCGCUAUGAGGUUCAUGCGACCUGGCAGAAGGGAGAAAACAUCAGUAAACUGCUUCUGCAACUGGGCAACAUAUAUUCUAUGGUUCCUGGAGAAAUGUUUUUAACAAAAGGAGCGAGGCUGAAUUGGUUGAUUUUGGGACCUCAGGCCCCAGCUCCUCUCUCUCAGAUACUGCGGACACCAGAGAAACAGACUCCGCCUCCCUCCAUGUUUUUAGGGUUAGAGCUCCAGAAGCAGUGCCGCAGCCCCUGUCGGUUCCCGGUGCCGCCUCCAGGCUGUCCCUCUGUGCCGCAGCCCACGCCUGUUCCUGUUCCUGCUGCCACCUCCGUGCCGCAGUCCCGGUCGACUCCAGCUCCUCGUGCCCCGUCGCUGCCCCGGCCGGCUCCAGCGCCCAUGUGUUCGGUCAACUAAGCCAUGAAGUCCUUCUACCAAAGACAUCCGCUUUGUCCCCCGUCAGAACCAGAAUAACUACAUCAGCAUUGAGAACAAAGGCGGAUGCUACUCAGCUCUCGGCAGAAUGGGAGGAAGGCAGGAGCUCUCUCUCAGCAGGCAGGGCUGCCUCUACCACGGCAUCAUCCAGCACGAGAUCAUCCACGCUCUGGCCUUCCAGAGCACGCCAGGAGCGACCAAUAAUCGAUUUAUGAGGGGUUCAGAGUAAAAUAACUUCAGGUUUGUCUGAGUUUAACAUCAGGAAGUUGCAGGUCAUCCAGGUUUUUGUGUCUUUAAGACAUGCUUGAAUUUUAAUGAGCUGGUUGGUCUCAUCUGGCUUGAUCAGUAAAUACACUGUAAUUGAGUAUCAUCUGCAUAACAAUGAAAAGUUUAUGGAGUGUUUCCUGAAUGAUAUUCCUUAAUAUUGCCGAAAGGAAGGAUAUAUAAGAUAAAUACAAUUGGUCCAAGCACAGAACCUUGUGGAACUCCUUAUCUCACAUGUAUCAAAUAAACUUCUCAUACUGCAUGAGUAGAUCAUUCA